GUUGUUUUUGACCGCGUUCACUUGCACCUCUAUAGUUGUACGAAACUAGGCGAGUCUCAAAAACAAGAGCUGACAGCACUAGAAAAUGGGUAUCAAAGGCUUGACGGGUCUUAUUGCAGAGUACGCUCCAAAAGCAAUAACAGAGCAUGACAUCAAAACACUCUUUAGUCGAAAAGUCGCCAUAGACGCGUCCAUGUCGAUAUAUCAAUUCCUUAUAGCUGUACGUCAGAAGGAUGGUGAAAUGCUCACGAAUGAUGCUGGAGAAACUACAAGUCAUCUAAUGGGUUUCUUCUACCGUACUAUAAGAAUAGUAGAAAAUGGUAUCAAACCGGUAUAUGUAUUUGACGGCAAGCCACCUGAGAUGAAGGCUGGAGUGUUAUCCAAACGGUUUGAGAAGAGAGAGGAGGCAAAGGAAGAAGGCGAAGAAGCCAAGGAAAUCGGAACUGCAGAGGAUAUGGACAAGUUUUCACGGAGAACCGUCAAAGUGACGAGAGAACAUAAUGAAGAAUGUCGGAGAUUACUGAAGUUGAUGGGAAUUCCUGUUGUCGUAGCCCCUUCAGAGGCUGAGGCCCAGUGCGCCGAGCUCGCAAGAGGAGGAAAAGUGUACGCCGCAGGUUCUGAAGAUAUGGACACCUUAACGUUCUCUGCUCCGAUACUUUUGCGCCAUCUCACUUUUUCUGAAGCUAGAAAAGCUCCUAUAAGUGAAAUCAAUCUUCAAAGGGCUUUGGAGGGACUCGAAAUGGACAUGUCACUAUUCACCGACCUAUGUAUACUGCUAGGGUGCGAUUAUCUUGAGCCUAUCAAAGGUGUUGGGCCUAAGUCAGCGCUGAAACUCGUACGCGACCAUGGUGGGCUUGCUGGUGUAGUCGAACAUCUACGAGGAAAAGCAGCUGAAAAGGCAGAAGCGGGCGAGGAUGGAAAGAAGAAGAAAGGUGGUAUUCAUAUCCCGGAAGAGUGGCCAUGGGAAGAAGCAAAGAAAAUAUUUGUGAAACCCGAUGUCACCCCAGCAGACGAGGUAGAGCUUGAAUGGAAAAACCCGGACAUUGAUGGCCUGGUACAGUUUUUAGUAACUGAAAAGGGAUUCAAUGAGGAACGCGUGCGCAAGGGUGCAGAUAAACUACAAAAGUUUCUCAAUUCAAAACAACAGGGCCGUUUGGAUGGCUUCUUUACAGCCAAGCCGAAAGCGUCGCCGAAGAAAGGAGACACGAAGGGGAAAGAUAAAGGCAAGGCAGUAACGAAAGGCACGAAACGGAAGGCAGAAGAUAAGACCGAAGCUGGAAGCAGCAAGAAGGGUAAAACCAAGAAAUGAACUGCCCCUUCUCUUGACUCGAUCGAUUUCCGCGCAAGGAGUUUCACUAAGUAUUAUGGACCGAUGGUUGCACCUUGUUGGUUGUGGGGAUGUUGGCUAACACUGUACCGGAUAAUCGACCUGUAUUUGUUGCAAGUGACUGUAUAAUCUCAUAAUAUUACAUCUCAUCAUUGGCACCUUU